AUUUUUCGUUCUGCUUCUCGUCCGAAGAUUGUAGGUGAAAAAAUAGCAAGUGCAAAUAAAAACAUUGUCGUGUUACCUUGUACGGGGUUCAAGUCUUUUUUCCAAUCGGAAAAUUUUCUACCUUUUCUGGUUCGUCUGAGUGUUGUCGCAAAUCGCAAAAGAUGAUUCCCCGAAAGUAGAAAACGCCAACCGUAGGAUCGAGACCAUUUCGGGUGGUUCAUGUUUCUCUGCCGGAAGUUCAACGAGAUCGAUAAAAUGUUGGGACGACUUUCGGAGGUUCUGCAGAGUGCAGCCGAUGUGCUCGCACCACCACCAACCGCUCUCCAGGACUUCGAUUACCACUACAAGCUGGUGAAGAACUUCUACGUUGCCGACAAGACAUUGCCAAAGAUUCAUAUCAACGACACAAACAUUCCCGUGCAUCUGGAGCAAAUGCUCCAAAUACUGAUUCGUGAGGAGCAGGAAAUAAGCGCUGCCCUACGUCAGGUGGAUACCGUUGACUCGGGUCAGCCUGAAUCCAAGGAAUCCUCAUCCAAUGGAAGCAGUACCGAGGAGAUUCCCACAGCCGAAUGCAUGGAGUUCGUCCUGAACAACCGCCCGCUGGAUGUAUUGGUAGAGCUGGCAGCAAAUGACACUCCGCCAGGUGCCCGACUGGUCAUCCUAAACUGGGUCCGACGUCUUCUGUCCUGCAUGAAGGAUCCGCCGUUGGGUCACGCGAGCCUCUUUCAACCAGUGCAGAAACUGGUCGAACUAUGCAACGGAAACGUUGCUUCGCCAUACGAGAAGGAGGAAAUUCUCUUCCUGGAAACCGUGGCCGGUUUGGUCCGGAAGGAACCAAUCCUGGCAAAUUUAUUCCUCAAAUCUCAUCACCAUUCCGCACAAAUGUUGGCCAGCUGGAAGGGACUGUCCAUCACGAAGACACCGGUCAACAAUCCACUGUUCCAAAGCGCAAAGAUCGAGUACGACUCGCGGAGGAUUUCGCUGGUCAAGGAAGAUCAGCAGCAGGCGGGAGAGCAAGGGGAUGAAGCGGGGGGAAAUGAGGGAACGUCAUCGGCCGUGGUGGUUCCCAACCUGAACGAGGAGAGAGUGGCCGAAGCCAAAUGUGACUGUGAUGAUGAGGAACAUUUCGUUCUUUUCGAUGCUAUUGUGAGCUAUCUGGAUAGUGCGGACAGUACGAUUAUAGUUCGAGCAUGUGAGGGGAUUUUGAUACUGGCGUCGCUACCGACCUUGAACAAAUCCUGCAACGCCAUUCGGAACAGUUUGAGUCGGUUUUGCACAAUGAUAGCCGAUCGGUUGGCUGUCCACUGUCAGCAGAUUCCUGAGGACAUGGAUACCGGUGAUAUCGAGGAUGCCAACGUGUCCUGGGGUUUGAUUCCGCGAGAUAGUGAACAGCCGCACUUCAUCGGGAGGUACCAGUUGACUUCGUUCCUCUGUUGGUUGGAUUACUGUGACUGUUUGAUGAAGGAAAGUCCAGCGAUUGCUCCGGAGUUGGGAGAACUGAUCAGGGCACAACUGCUGAUCAGCUACAUCGAGCCGGGUUUGUUGGGCAAUUAUGCUCCGUUUAUGUUAGUAUUAACCGCGAAGAUCAUAAAGAAGACGCAGUCCCGAGCACUAUUGGACGAAAUUGCUAACUGGCUUAUAGGAGAAGGCGACAUAACGGAUAUUAACGGAACUGACUGUCUUCUAACUAUACUAAUCGAGAAUGCUCACGAAAAUUCUGACAUUCUCCUGCAAACCCUACAGUUCGUUGAAUCAUUGUUGGAUAACCCACAUGAGAAGAUACUUCAUGGAAUGAUUUUCUUCUACAUCAACAACCGGGGAUACUACGACAACAACACGCAAACCAUUCAGUCCUGGUCCGAUGAGGAGGAUAACCGAGAACGGCGGAGAGGCAGUGCCGAAGAUCCCAUCAAGUCCCGGACGCUGGCUCCUAACAACAUCCUCAAAGUGAUUAACCAUUUCCUGCUCCUGCUGCCACGACACAUAAUGAAUGAUGCGGCCGGCAUUUGCUACGAGGAAUACAUGCAGGACGCCAGCCGGCACUACCAGACAUGGAUCAAAAAGACCCACGGUUUCCAGUGGCCCGUGGAAGCAGUCUGGCCCGAAAGCCCCACCAGCUCUCCGACCAGCGAGGGAAAUACGUUGGAAACCCUUCCCACAGCCAAGCCCAAAAUCAAGUCCAAAUUCGACCUGAACGAAGUCCAAUGCGGCGACAGCGGCAUAUCCGAAGAAAGCUUCUACGAGGGUCCGCUGCUCAAACUGCUCUUCUCGCACGUCAAGCAGAUGAACACCCAGGUGUACGAGCUGAAUCUUGCCGUCAUUGCGAUCCUGUCCAAGCUGGCCCUCUUCCCGCAUCCCUACCUGCAUGAGAUCCUGCUGAGCCCGGAGAUUCCGGUGGCCCCGGGUGCCACCACGCUAUGGUCUGUGAUGCAAUUCCUCGCCCGGCAGCUGCUGACCGAAAUCCCACGGGUGGAAAAUUUCCAAGAACGCAUCAACGAAACGGGCAAGCGGCUUCUAUCCAAUCCACCCCUGUACCACAAGGACUGCGAACAUGAGUCAUCACCCGAGCAAGAGGACGAAGCGGAAAUCAACGAUCCGCUAUUCGAGUCGAUCGUUGUGCUGGAGGAAUUCUGCAAGGAGUUGGCGGCGAUCGCUUUCGUCAAGUACCACCAUGCCACGGAAUAGAUUUUGGAGAAAUGUGCAUUGCAAGAAUAAACGACUUAGAUUAGCUGAAUUUUAGUUUUUUUACCCUUAAAAUAAAAUUUUAAUCGUGUUGAGCUCGUAUCUAGCCUAAAUUUACGCCCAACCUAGCACUUUCGUUUGAUUAAUUGUAAAGUUUUGCUUUAAGAAGAUGCAUUCGUACUACAAAAUAUUGUUCGUAAGAUAUUUCAAGGUGAUAUCAAUAUAAGCAUUAUCUAGUCGCA